AUGUCUUUGAACAAGCUCUCAGAAGUGGAAGCCUUUCGAGCACAGGUUCUGUUGGAAGAAGCGCUGAGAAAGCUGAGUUUCCUCACCAGCAUCUCCUCCAGUGCAUCAGUUCAUGGCGAUGAGCUCACCCAGUUUAUGGGGGAUGAAAUCUCACGAAUUAUUCAGGAGCAGCGUGACUUAGAAAGGAAGUAUGAAGAGCUCAUUGCAGCAAGAGGGCAGCUGAAAGGUCUUUGCAACAAGGCAAAGUUCAUGGACACGCAAAAGGAAAUCCAGGACGUGGCCCACAAGCUGAAAGAGAGCAACAAGAGCUUGUGUCGUAAUCUCAAGGAGAACCCCAAUGUGCAGGGCAAUUUGCAGAAGAUGCAAGCAGAAAGGUCGCAAGUCCAGGAGUGGUUAGAGGAGACCAAGACAGACCUCAUGGACAUGUCCUUCCAGAACCUCGUGGCGAAGGUGGAAGCUGAACGACGAGAGCAGGAACGUCUCAGCGAAGUGAAGAAAAAGGAGCAGAAGAACUCACAGGCUGUGAAAGAUUUGGAGGCGGAGCUGCAGAGAGAGCGUGCCGACCAUGAGAAGGAAACUAAGAUAGCCAACCAGGAAAUCAAAGAGCUGAAAGAAGAGCUACAGAAGAACAAGACCAUCAGUGACAUCGAGUUCAAGUUUGAGGAGAAAAAACUUCGAGCCAGAGAGCAGGCGCUCUUGCGAAUCCAUGCGCAGAUGGAGAAGAAGUUGAUUGAGGAGUUGGAUCGGCUCCUGGAGGCGCAGGAGAUGGAGACGGCGGUGCACGACCGCGCGCACGCCUUCCUGGACGAUCGCAUCCAACAUCUGCAGGAUCAGAAGGAAGUUUGGGCCAAGGACCACGAGAAGGAGGUGGACAAUCGCACUGUGGAGCUGGAGAUGUUGCGCGAACGCCGCACUUCCGUGCAAGAGGAGUUGCAGAGAUUGGAUCAGUUGAGAGCCAAGGAGGCGGAGGACUACAAGGCCAAGGAGAACGAAAUGCGCAAUGCCGUGCUUAUUGAGAAGCAACGUCGCGAGCAGUAUCAGCGCAUGGCAGAGGCGGUUCUGUUCUUGCAGGAAGAGGGUCGUCAUUACAUGGCUCGCGUGGAGCAACGAAAGGCCAUGAAGGGAAAGAAAGGCAAGAAGGGUAAGAAGAAGUGA